GCACGACUGAACCAUGGAGCUUCGAGUGGGGAACAAAUACCGGCUUGGCAGAAAGAUUGGCAGCGGUUCAUUUGGAGACAUUUACCUAGGAGCCAAUAUUGCAACUGGGGAAGAGGUGGCCAUCAAACUGGAAUGUGUCAAAACCAAGCAUCCCCAACUCCACAUUGAAAGCAAGUUCUACAAGAUGAUGCAGGGAGGAGUGGGUAUCCCCUCCAUUAAGUGGUGUGGAGCAGAGGGGGACUAUAAUGUGAUGGUGAUGGAGCUCUUGGGGCCCAGCCUGGAAGAUCUCUUCAACUUCUGUUCCCGCAAAUUUAGUCUCAAGACAGUUCUGCUCCUGGCAGACCAGAUGAUCAGCCGUAUUGAGUACAUUCAUUCCAAGAACUUCAUCCACCGAGAUGUGAAGCCAGACAACUUCCUUAUGGGCCUCGGCAAAAAAGGCAACCUAGUAUACAUCAUUGAUUUUGGUUUGGCUAAGAAGUAUCGAGACGCCCGGACCCACCAGCACAUCCCUUACCGGGAAAACAAGAAUCUGACUGGCACAGCCCGCUAUGCCUCCAUCAACACCCACCUGGGAAUUGAACAAAGUCGCCGCGAUGACCUGGAGAGCUUGGGCUACGUGCUCAUGUAUUUCAACCUGGGCUCACUGCCCUGGCAGGGCCUCAAGGCUGCCACCAAGCGCCAAAAGUAUGAGAGGAUCAGCGAGAAAAAGAUGUCAACGCCCAUCGAGGUGCUUUGCAAAGGGUACCCUUCUGAGUUCUCGACAUACCUCAACUUCUGCCGCUCACUGAGGUUCGAUGAUAAGCCUGACUACUCAUACCUGCGGCAGCUCUUCCGCAACCUUUUCCACCGCCAAGGCUUCUCCUACGACUAUGUCUUUGACUGGAACAUGCUUAAAUUUGGAGCAGCCCGGAACCCCGAGGAUAUGGAUCGGGAGCGGCGAGAGCAUGAGCGAGAAGAGAGGAUGGGGCAACUCCGGGGUUCAGCUACGCGAGCGCUACCCCCUGGCCCGCCUGCUGGAGCCACUGCCAACCGUCUUCGGAAUGUCACUGAGCCCAUGGCUUCCACCCCCACCUCCCGAAUCCAACAGUCCGGAAACACGUCCCCCAGAGCAAUCUCCAGAGUGGACAGGGAGCGGAAGGUCAGCAUGAGGUUACACCGAGGAGCUCCUGCCAACGUCUCCUCAUCUGACCUCACAGGGCGGCAAGAAGUGUCGCGGAUUUCAGCAUCACAGACAAGUGUGCCAUUUGAUCACCUUGGGAAGUGAGGAGCAAUUGCCACUGGACCAGUGUUUGCUUAGUGUCUUCACUGUAUUUUUUCUUUUAAAAAACAAAAAACCCAAAAAAACAAACAAA